ACCCACUUGGAGUCGGAUGACCAGCAUCAACCCGUGCCAGAAAGUCAGCCCGAGCUUGAGAAUCAGCUUGAGCUUGAGAGUCAGCCUGAGCUUGAGAAGCAGCCUGCGCUUGAGAAGCAGCCUGAGCUUGAGAGUCAGCCCGAGCUUGAGGGUCAGCCCGAGCUUGAGGGUCAGCCCGAGCUUGAGAGUCAGCCUGAGGUCGCGAGUCAGCCUGAG